AUGCCUCAGCCACCACCACCGGCAUACGAUCCGCUGCCGUUGGACCGGGCGCUCUACGAGACCAUCGCGACGAGCGAGCGCGUGCAGGCCACGGCGCUGACGGUGCCGGUGCGCAGUGGACGGGCGUGGAUCGUGCGAGCUGGUCAGGUAUGCCGCAUCACGACGCCGAUGGGACCACAGGUGGGCGACCUAAAUGUCUGGAACGCACACAACCCGCGCGAGCGGUUCUGGGCUGCUCGCACGCGCCAGCUGCAGCAGAGUCACGGCUACGGUGGCCCCGGUGCCGAUGGCGUCGAUGCCGUCGGUGGCCGCGUCCACGACCUUCUCGGCACGCGCUGCGACCCCUACGUCGACCAGCUCAUCAGCGGGUCCGCGUCCGACGUGCACUGCCACUCCAAUCUCGUCCGUGCUGUUCUCCCGUUCGGUCUACACGAGUCCGACGUCCACGACGUCCUUAAUGUCUUCCAGGUCACCGGGCUCGACAGCAAGGGACGCUACUACAUGGAACCCUGUCCGGCAAAAGCGGGCGACUACUGGGAAUUCUUUGCCGAGAUCGACGUCCUUUGCGCCAUCUCUGCCUGUCCCGGCGGUGACCUUUCCAAUUGGGGCUGGGGCGAGGCCGGCGCCGACAACGGCCUCGACAUGGCCGACUGCUGCCGCCCACUCGUCGUCGAGGUCUACGACAUUGUCGACCGCGAUACCGUCCUCAAGAAUUGGAAGAGCCCCGAGCCCGCCAUUGCCGCCUACAAGGGCGUCCACGGGCUGGUCGGGCCGGACACUGUGACAAAAACACAGUAG